GGAAAUGAUAUGGCUUUCCAAAAUCAAAAUCAUAAUUCAUAAUAUAAUGGAGCGUAGGAAUAGGAUAAUUUGGAAAAGUGGGUGAGUGGCAGCGGUAGUGCAGGGCACAUGGUAUGGGAUUUUCCCUAUGGAAAUAGGAUAGUUUGAAGAUGGGUUAAGAAAGAACAAAAUGGAAACAGUUGGAACAUUAGAUGACAAAAAGGCAAAAACAUGGGUUCACGGGUUGCUUCAUAAAAAAAAGUGAAAAAGAUAAUUUUAGCAAAGUUCACGGGCUCCCAAAUUAUUCAUUUUUUUUCUCACCAACUAAUAAAUGAUGAGCCAAACCUGCCCCCCCAUCGUCUCCGCCAUUUUCCAAAAACUUUUGCUAUUGUAUCUUCAUCAUCAUCAUCAUCAUGUCUCCAGCUUGUAGUUGGCUGCAAAGCUUGUUAAUGGUGGCUUGGUUGUUGAGUUGGAAGUGGCUAUCAGCCGUAGAUGGGACGGCGGCUGCAACCGUGAAAGUGGGAAACAUCUCCAAAGUAGAAGAUGCCCAAAACUACCAUAUAUACUAUGGCCAGACCUUCAAAGUUAUUAAGAAUGCCAUUGAUGGCAAGAGUUACCUUCUCAUCCAGAGUGAUUCGAGGAUGGCUGGAAGGACAAAAUAUUGCACAUCAAGGAUUAAGUCAUUUGUCAUCCCUUUGUCUAACUUUUCAGCCGAUACCAACGGCUUUCCAGUUUCAUUUUUUGAGCUUUUGGGAUUACUAGGAAGCAUGAAGGGGAUGACAUCAAACUCGGUGGCUUCUGAAUGUGUACUAAAAUUGUUUGAAGGAGGAGAAAUAAAUAUGAUCAACAAAAGUGAGCCACAACAAUUUGCACAAUUUGCUGCACACUUUGUUAGUUACAUUAAUGAGAUGGAUCAACCUCCUUCACAAGUUUGCAAUUUUGCAAACUUUGCCGCUAUAGGAGAGCAGACGCCUUUACAGAGAGCAGAAUGGAUCAAGUUCUUGGGAGCUUUCGCAAAUUUGGAAAACAGAGCAAAUCAAGUCUAUAAAGCAGUAAAAGACAAUUACUUGUGCUUAACUAAAGUUGCGGAGGCCAAGCAAAAAUCAUUCAAACCAAUAGUUGCAUGGAUGGAGUACCAAAAUGGCAUAUGGUCCUUCACCAAGGAAACAUAUAAAUUAAAGUAUGUAGAAGAUGCAAGAGGAGAAAAUGUGGAUGGCUCCAUUAACAAGAUAACCUAUAAUAUCUCCAAUCCUGAUGAUAUUGAAGAUUUGCAUGCUAUCCUAUGUACCGUAGAUGUAGUGAUUGAUGAAACAUACAGUUGGGAUCCAGUAGGAUACACUCAAUCAACAUUCCUCCGAAACAUAAAUAUUGAAGAUCAUUCUUGUUUUGCUUUUCUUGCAAACCAAAGCAUAUGGAGAUAUGAUAAGAGAAUUCAUAAUUUAACUACUCUAGAUUGGUUUGAUGGUGCGGUCUCUCAACCCCAACUUGUUUUGGCUGAUCUUAUUGAGAUUUUGUUCCCAACUCAAAACUACAACACCACUUACUUUAGAAAUAUUGCAAAGGGAGAAGGAGUUAUAAGCAUUGAGCCCAGCAUGUGCGAUAGAGAUAGCUCAACAGCAAUGGAUCCCACAAUACCAUCUUGCGGAUGAUUUGUUUGUUUUUAUAAUCAAAAUUUUUAAUUUUUAAUACCGAAAUUUGAAUACGUGGAUAUUUUCCAUCAUACCAAAAAUUUAAUUGUAUCCAUGAUACUAUGUUAGCUAGCAAUACUAAUAUAUUAACUUAUUAAG